GGCGGCUUCAUCAUCUUCGAACCCUCCGCAUCGUUGAACGCGCUCCUACCGAACCCACCGACGGAGUUAUCUUUCCAUCAAAUUGUCGUCUCAUUGAUACUGUGUAAUAGCGACGCCCCUCAAAACCCCUCUACCACAUCGCCCACUACCCACCCACACGCUAACAGACCAAGACGGAGACCGGGCCAACGCAUGCGCAGCUCCUGGAACAUAUACAAACAUCUCUGAAGACGUAUGAUGGCAACUGAAGCCACUCCUGAAAUCCUUGCGACGUCGUCUACAACUCCUGAUGAUGAGCUGGUACAUCUGCGCAAUCUGGAUGCUAUGAGAAACUGCUUACUGACUUGCGACCAGAACACAACUGAAUCUGCCAGCCAAGAUGUUUCCCCUCCAAACGAACAAAAUUUGGUGAAUGGAACAUCAAAUACCGACAAAGAUGGAAUCAAGCAAGUCUCUGAGAAACUUGAGCCAGGUGGCGACUCGGCGGAGGUCAGUGUUAAUGGAGGAUCGGAUACUGAGGCUUCGAAAGCGGAAACCUCGAAAACCCAGUCGGGUCACCUUCGAACCACCUCGACUGUAAAGAAAGCUCUGUCCUUCAAACCCGUAUCGGUCAAUAAGACUUUUCUUGCAGCCAAAGGUGCGACUACUCCUGCAACGUCCAAGCUAGGCGACAAGGGAGCUGCGGGAAGUACCUCGACGCAAACUGGUCCUUCGACAAGCAGCGCUCCGAGACCUCGAUUGGUUGCAAAGUCAGGAAGUGGUCUACGUGAUUCGACACCGCGCAAUUCUGCGACUGCAAAUGGAAACAAAGCUGGGGCGGCUCCGGACGCGAGCGCCGUGUGGAACAAAAACAGACGUACGUUGCAUAUUACAACAUUCAUUUUAUUUAUUUAUACUAACCAUUGCGUAGCCGCGGCCCCUCCUGAACCAAAGCGUUUCACGGAUGAAGAAUUGAAGCAGAGAUACGGAAUUCAUUUGGCCACGAGGCUUCAAUCGGAUGAUCCGGGCAAGGAGAAGAAUUGGGCGGACAUAGACGACGAUGAUGACGAUUGGGCUCCUGAAACCAUUGAGUGGACGGACGGUACCAAAAUUACUUUGCCUCAAGCAGAAGAUCCACCAGCUCCUGCUCCCGAACCAACCCCUGAACCUGCCGCCGUAGAGAAGGAGGUAAAGCCUGUUGAAGUGCCCAAGUCCAAAUCACCAGCUCCUGUACGAUCUGCGUCACCAGCGGUGAAAUCUACCAGUAGCUUUGGGUCUGUCAGAGCUGGACUAGUGCUUAAAGGUGCCGCAGAGAAACCAACCUUGGUAGCAAAGCCUCCAGGACCACCCACACCAGUCAAAUCUCCCUGGGCCUCUUUGCCGCCUGUAGACAAAGUUGCCCCAGUUGUAAUUGAGAUUCCUCAGAACAACCAAACAUCAUCAAGCCGAUUUGGCCAGAGAGAUCCCCAUGGAUUUCAGGCUAUGCCCCCUCCUGCAGCAAAGGAAAUUGCUGCUGACGAUUUUAGUCGAUCGUGGAGAGACGGAAAUACGAAUUCAAGCAGAGAAUUAUACAACUCGCAGUCUGGUAGAUAUGAGCCAGUCAAUGAUAAUCGAAGAGGUCCUGCACGUAAUGAUGCGAGACAGCCAGCGGUUUUGCAAAGACCACAGCAGGAUGGCCCUGCAGAACCAUCGGCCGCCUUCCAAACUCACAGAGCAGGUGGCCAAGAUCCUUCAUUCAAUCGUCGCCGUACAUCUUCAAAUGUCAGUGGUGGAAGUGGAAAUUUUAGACGAAUGAGUCGGGGUGCAGCGGGGCACGAACUGCCACCUCACGAUUUGAGACGAGGCUCGUUGGCUGUAGUCAGCGACGCACCUUCCUCCCCAAGACCAUUUUCACCUUCGGGUCAACCUGCGGGUCAGCCUAAUCGCGGCCCUGCAGCUCAACAGUGGCAAUCUCGCGCAUCCCCGGCUCCUAUCAGCCAUCCUUCACCUCAAUCCGCACACGAUCAAUUGGCGCCCUCUAUCUCAGGUUCCGUUGAUGGGCAAAGUGCGCCUGUGCCCAUUAUUGAUGAGGAGGCAGUCUUCCAGGAACAAAAGAAGCGUAUGCUUCUGGCACGUGAACUUGCCAUCAAGAGAAGACAGGAAGAAGAGGCCAGAGAGGAAGCUGCUAAGCGCGAACGCAUCCGCAUCAAGCUGGAGGCAAUGGGUCCUCUUCCAGAGAAGCCCAGCAGGGCUGCCACACCAAAACAAGAUAAGGCUGUGCCAGUCACGAUACAAGCCAGACAACAGCCCGUUCCAUCCUCUGAUCCACCACAAGCGCCUGCCGUUGAAAGUAAUGACAUUGAGGCAAAAGUGAAUGUCACAGAACCACCACGUGAGCCUAAACCUGCCGUGUCAACUGCAGAUAUAAAAUCUGAGAAACCUACUUCAGAAUCUCGGGCCAAUGGCACCCACCAUGAGUCCAAGCUUUCCUCAUCAGCUUCACGACAGAACUUCCAGGAACAAAAACCUACGCAGCCAUGGCAAAGCAAUUCUGCUCAAAGUUCUGGACCAUGGGCGCCCCCUCAACAAACUCCUUCUAGAAGCGUAUGGGGUCCACCUACAAAUGAUCGUACGUUAGGCAACGGCACCUUCAAUCCCGAAUUAAGUCGAGUACCGAACCUACAUACCUCUCAGCAGCAUCCUGGUCCAAUUGGGCCACCAAAUCAAAAUCGUGGGAAUAACAGCCAAUUCUCUCAAGGCCGUCGUGACCCAUUCGUAUCAAGACCAGCCCCAAUUGGUCCACCUCCGCGUCACAUGGAUACUCAGAUGGAGGAACAGCGUCGGCAAGUGGCGAGCUCACCAUGGGCACUUGCUUCAGAGAAAGUUCAACGUGAUGAUUCAAUUGUUCGCCAGAAGCAAGAGGCUGAGACGGCUGAGAGAAGAAAACUCGAGGCACAAGGCUUAUUACGGGAAGCCCCACCAGUCUACAAGGAGACCUGGAGAGAAAUGACUAUCAAUGAACACGGAGAUCGUACUAAACAAACAGCACCCGAAUCUGUUGAUGCUGCCUUGAGACCGCACACAGCUGUUCAGUCUGAGGCCAUUGGCAAUCAAUUUGGUGACACCUGGCGAAACAGUCCAAAUAACAAUUCAUCUCCACGCGUUCGCGAUUCCCGAUUCUUUCCAAAUAACCGAGAUGUUCGCCUCGAGGAGCAGUCAAUGCCAUAUGAUCGACCAGCAUCGCCAUCACCUCCUCCACCCACAAUGGCAGGUCAUCCUGUAUAUGAUGGUGAUGCUACUCGUCCAUUAGUAUCUCUUCCUAAGCCAGCACCAGUGGUCAAAUUGCCCCCACCAACUGUACUUGCACCAAUUGGCCCACCAAAGCCCGCCACAUUUGCAGCAGCGGUCAUAGCUCCUGCGGUGCCCUUACAACAGGCACCAGCUCAAAUCUCACGCCAAGACCAUAUGUCAAGAGCUGCCUCUUCUCAACAAGAUGCUCGCAAACAACCAGAGGCGGGUGCUUCGCCAUGGCAAGAUAGAAUCAAUUCAUUGAUCGGACGCAAACCUACGGGAAAUUCACCACCCAAGUCUUCGCAUGCCCUAGCAGUCGAUUCUAGCAGUAAAAACGCUUUAGAGCUUCCUAGAUCCCAAUCCGCCGCUACGGUAUCAUUGCCAUCUUUGUCUUCCGGGGUGUUGGCCUCUGAUGAUGGGUCGACCGUGUCAAAGCCGGCGGCUGAGGAGUGUUUUGAGGAACAGGAGAUGGGCUCCCUACCCCCAAUUAAAUUACCAACCAAUGCACCCGCCGCAGCUUGGUCGCCAGCACCUCAGAUUGCAAAGUCGAUACCCAGAAAGUUUCAGGUAGCAGAGGUUGUUAGCAUGGAACCGAUUGAUUUUCCUUAUGAGUCAGUCGUUCAUAACAGAUUCACACUUCGUAUUCAUCUCCCAGGAAAGGAAGAGAAGGUGGUCACCGGUCCCUUUACCCCACGACAGAGAAGUAAUCCCAGACGUGGAGGCGGCCGAGGUAGAGGAACUCCACAAACCUCCUCACCUAACGUUAGAGGUGGCAGAGGAAAAGAAAACAGCUUCUCGUCACCAAAAUCAGAAAACUCGACUGCCUCAGCAGCUCCUCACCACACUAGUCGUGGAAGUCACAGAGGAGGCGGUAGAGGUUAUGGAAAUAAUUGGAAUCGUCAUGUCUCUACACCAGUUCAGACUUGA